UUAGUAGUAAGCGGCACAUGACAUGCAUUGGUAGUCACCGAUAAUAUAAAGGCAAAAAUAGUGUUCUUAACUAUUUUUAGACAUCCAAUUCAUUUUUGGUAAAAAAAAAUGACUAUAGUCUACAGGUAUUAAUGUACCGUCCAUGUAACAAUUGGGCAAAUAACUGGGAUCGAACAGGCAUUGCAUAGGCUGCUGCCGGCUGUACGAAAUAUGUCAAUUAAAAAAGUAAGAACAUCGCUAACGUAGUGAAUCGGCUAUGCAGAUAAACCGCAUAUUAGUGUAAACCCUUUUAAAUGAAAUCAUUUCCGACAGCACAUUGCACAGGGUGUUGGGAGACGAGCGGUACCCCUACCCGUGUCCACCGUUCCUGCUGGACGCGGUACUUGGUUCCCAGUAAAGGCCCCCGCCCCCUCGGCCCCCCUUCCCAUCCCCGGUCAAGAUUAGGGAAUAACCCCUGAUAUGUGCGAUCACUUGCGGGUCUAAACGUAGCCGACACCCCGCCACAAGAGACCCCUAAGCUACUGCAAGUGCAUGACCCGGUGAGACCACCUGUUUCUCACGAAGGAGUACUCCUGUAAAGACGCCGAAGGUGCAAAGUCUCGAGUGGCGGCUCCUGUUGACCUGACCCAGCCAUGACGUGCCCGCGUUUCCUCUCCGUCCUCGCCCCGUGCACUCCACGGGCCUCCGCCUUCCUCCUCCUCCUCAUCCUCUACUUCCUGGGACUCGCGCAGGCCGGUUCCCCGGGGCACGCGGUCAAGAAGUCGCUGGGAAACUGCUCUGAGGGCAGCGUCUGCUCCGUGGGCGUGGUCCUUCCCGUGUGGAACCCACAGAACCCAUCGGUGGGGGACAAGGUGGCCCGGGCCAUCGUCUACUUCGUGGCGCUCAUCUACAUGUUCCUGGGCAUGUCCAUCAUCGCCGACCGCUUCAUGUCGUCCAUCGAGGUCAUCACCUCGCAGGAGAAGGAGAUCACCAUCAAGAAGCCCAACGGCGAGACCACCACCACCACCGUGCGCGUCUGGAACGAGACGGUGUCCAACCUGACACUCAUGGCCCUGGGCUCCUCCGCCCCGGAGAUCCUGCUGUCCGUCAUCGAGGUGUGCGGCCACAGCUUCGAGGCGGGCGACCUGGGCCCCAGCACCAUCGUGGGCAGCGCCGCCUUCAACAUGUUCGUCAUCAUCGCCAUCUGCGUCUACGUGGUGCCCGACGGCGAGACGCGCAAGAUCAAGCACCUGCGCGUCUUCUUCGUCACGGCCGCCUGGAGCAUCUUCGCCUACAUCUGGCUCUACCUGAUCCUGUCGGUGUUCUCGCCCGGCGUGGUGGACGUGUGGGAGGCCGUGCUCACCUUCCUCUUCUUCCCGCUCUGCGUGGUGCAGGCCUGGAUCGCCGACCGCCGCCUGCUCUUCUACAAGUACGUCCAGAAGCGCUACCGCACCGACAAGAACCGCGCCAUCAUCAUCGAGACCGAGGGCGACGGCUCGGCCGGCUUCACCAAGAUGGACAUGGAGAUGGACGGGCAGGGCGGCGCCAACUCCCACCACAAGGAGGCGCUGGACGGCGUGCUGGCGGGCGCGGAGGACGGGGGCGGGCGGGACCUGGAGGACGAGGCGCGGCGGGACAUGGCCCGGACCCUGAAGGAGCUCAAGCAGAGGCACCCGGAUAAGGACAUGGAGCAGCUGAUCGAGAUGGCCAACUACCAGGUGCUGGUGCAGCAGCAGAAGAGCCGGGCCUUCUACCGCAUCCAGGCCACGCGCAUGAUGAUCGGCGCGGGGAACAUCCUGAAGAAGCACGCGGCCGACCAGGCCCGCAAGGUGGUCAGCUGCCACGAGGCCCGCGCCCAGGAGGACGACGGCCAGACCGUCCGGCUGGAGUUUGAGCCCUCGCACUACCAGUGCUUCGAGAACUGCGGCUCCCUCAAGCUGGGCGUGGCCCGGCGCGGGGGAGAUGCCGGCUGCACCGUCAAGGUGGACUACCGCACGGAGGACGGCACGGCCAACGCGGGCUCGGACUACGAGUUCGCCGAGGGCACGCUGCUCUUCAAGCCCGGCGAGACCCUGAAGGAGCUGACGGUGGGCAUCAUCGACGACGACAUCUUCGAGGAGGACGAGUACUUCUACGUGCACCUCAGCAACCCGCGCGUGGUCAGCUGGUCGGAGCACGACGCCGGCUCCGCCCCCGGCAACAGCGGCUCCGCCUCCCUGCUCAUGCCCAAGGCGGCCCUGGGCGAGGCCCACACCGCCACCGUCACCAUCUACGACGACGACCACGCCGGCAUCUUCACCUUCGAGAGCGAGGCCACGCGGGUGAGCGAGAGCGUGGGCACCAUGCAGGUGAAGGUGCAGAGGACCUCGGGCGCCCGCGGCCUGGUGGCGGUGCCCUACCGCACGGUGGACGGCACCGCCAAGGGCGGGGAGGACUACGAGCACGCCGCCGGGAAGCUGGAGUUCCUCAACGACGAGACCAUGAAGAUGAUUGAGGUGAAGAUCAUUGAUGAUGAAGAGUAUGAGAAGAAUAAAGUCUUCACCGUUGAGCUGGGAGAGCCCGUACUGCUGGAGAUUGGACAGAAACACGGCGAUUCCAACGAGAACAAGCCGACGAUGGAAGCCGAGGAUGAGGAGGUGGCGAAGAUGGGCUGUCCCAGCCUGGGGGAGCAUACCAAGCUGGAGGUGGUGAUCGAAGAGUCCUAUGAGUUUAAGAGCACAGUAGACAAGCUGAUUAAGAAGACCAACCUGGCCCUGGUGGUGGGGAGCAGCAGUUGGAGGGAGCAGUUUGUCAGUGCAGUCACCGUCAGCGCAGGUGACGACGACGAGGAGGAGAGCGGCGAAGAGCGCCUGCCCUCCUGCUUCGACUACAUCAUGCACUUCCUGACGGUGUUCUGGAAGGUGCUGUUCGCCUUCGUGCCGCCCACGGAGUACUGGAACGGCUGGGCCUGCUUCAUGGUGUCCAUCUCGCUGAUCGGCGUGCUGACGGCCGUCACCGGCGACCUGGCGUCCCACUUCGGCUGCACCGUGGGCCUCAAGGACUCCGUCACCGCCGUGGUGUUCGUCGCCCUCGGCACCUCCGUGCCAGAUACCUUUGCCAGCAAGGUGGCGGCAAUCCAGGACCAGUACGCCGACGCCUCCAUCGGCAAUGUGACGGGCAGCAACGCGGUCAACGUCUUCCUGGGCAUCGGCGUGGCGUGGACCAUUGCGGCCGUGUACUGGCGGAGCAAGGGGCUGGCGUUCCACGUGAACCCGGGCUCGCUGGCCUUCUCCGUCACGCUCUUCACCAUCAUGGCGCUGCUGUCCGUGCUGGUGCUGCUGUACCGCCGGCGGCCCUCGGUGGCGGGCGGGGAGCUGGGGGGGCCCCGGACUGCCAAGCUGGUCACUGCCACGUUCUUCGUCUCCAUGUGGCUCGUCUACAUCCUGCUGGCCUCCCUGGAGGCCUACUGCCACGUGCCUGGCUUCUGAGGGGGCAGGGCUGGAGGGAGGGCGAGAGAGAGAGAGAGAGAGAGAGAGAGAGAGACGGCCUCCCUUUCCGUCGGCCGCUCAUACCUUCCCGUCUCGUCGGCGUCGUCAUUGGCCCUUAUGCCUCAGAGCUGCCAAACAUCAACCCCCAGAGACCCCCGCUCUCCUCCUCCUCCUCCUCCCCCGACACCUUCCUCCCAUCUCCUGCAUUCAUCUGGUGCAGUCUUGGUCAGUGUUCGGCUCGUAUGGAUAUAAAUGCCAUGUUUUUAUUUGUAUUUCUGUGACUGUUUUUAUGGUUUGGUUUCUUAAUUUAUUGUUUCUUUCUCCUGUUGACACUGCUAUGGAGCCCUUGCCGCUCCACCUGCACACCGAACAUUCUCAGGAGAAUCUGGAACCAGCCGAGGGUUUCUCUGUCCGACUGAGGGGAGGGGCACUGAAAAGCAGGGUUGUUUUGUCCAGUGGUGUGUUUGUAUGCAAUCAACACAUGCUCUUUCUAAACGUCCUCCAUUUUGAGUGCUUAUUUGGUUAUGUUUUCCCUGCUUUUCUCUUCCCACUCUACCUUUUUUUGUUGUUGUUGUUGUAGUACAUUCCCUUCUGCCUGUUUGCCCCAAAACAAAUGUUGAAACCCUCCCAAGUCUGGAGUAUGACUCUCUUCCCACCCUGUUCCAAAUGAGACAGCCCUGCCCCUUCCCAAAGACCAACUCUAAUUUUCACUUACUUCUCAACAGUGUCAUGUGCUCGUCUUGUUGUGAAAAUGUAAAGUGGUUAUCAUGUGAAGAACAAAAGAUGUGAAAACGAAACUGAGAAAUGAAGAAGAAGGACCCAACAGCAUGUGCUUGGAAAAGGAAACAAAUUUUGGGAACUGGACACACCAAGUAGGCCAGUGUCUCCUUGUGGGUUCAUGUAAACCAUAAGUUUACAGUGAGUUUACCCAUUACACGGAAACUAAGGAGCCAAAAUCAAAAACUGAUAAUGGAGGACUUUAUGGUGGACUUCUGCUACCAGAAGAUGAAUAUGUAUCUAGAAGAUAAUGGUAUUAGUUACUUUAACUGUUGUCUCCAGCUAUAUAUGAUACAUAAAGAAUAGUUCUUGGGUGUGAUAUAAACAAGAACGCCUGAUUUUAUUAGGAAAACCUAACUACUUCAGACACACAAUUUCUGGAGUAAUGCUGAAGAUCAAAGCUUGUUUUUAAAAAAAGGUGUUAAGUAGAAUCUGAGAGGUUUUUAAUGUUACGGUGUCCAGUGCUAUGUGACAGAUUCCUAUUUUGUGAUAUCUGUCUAAAUGUCAAAUAGAUACAUGUUAAAAGCACAGUUUGAUGGGAGACAGCUCCUUUUGCCAGUCAGAGAUGCCAUAUAGAGGAAACGGAUGACCUCUGGAUGACUCAGAUGAUCUUUAGGAAACUUGACACAUAUCUAUCACUUGGGCCUGAACCACAGUUAAUACCAGUUGGCUCUUCAUCAUGUUAUUCUUUUGUGAUGGGACCUGACAAGCAUUUUGGGAGUUGCUAGAAGAUUACAUCAGUGCUUUCAUUAAUAUUUCAGUUCUCUUACGAAUGAGCUUAAGAAAACAACAGGAAAGGGAAAAUAUUUUGGUUGUUCAGUACUGAUCCACAUUGAGUUCCAGUUGUUUCCGCUAGUGAUUCUGGCCAAAUUACUAUGCCAUGUUAUGCAGACGCUUCUGUUCUGUUUGUAAGAAUAUUGAAAGUAUUAUGGUAUAUACAAACAGCUUUCUCAAGGACAUUGCCUGACAUCACAGGCGUAUUGAUGGGCUUUAUCAUUAGAAGGUGUUUUGACAAUGGAUUGCCACAUUAAAAACACACCUCAUCCAAAGGAAUUUAACAUUAACACUUGUGUGUCACAUCUGCUUUGAGAUGCUAUUUUUAGUAUCUUACACUUUGUCUGGAACUGUCAUAUGGUGUUGCUACAUGCUUUUUUGUGUAGUUUGAUUAGAUCCCAUUUGGCAUACUGGUGAUAGGUUGUAGUGGUGUAUCGAGUACUGUUAGCAAGGGAAAGAUAUGAACCUUGUGUACAUGUUGUAGGCCUGAGACACGGUCACCCAAGCCUGUCCUGACUCAGUGCUCAAGUUAUUUCCCGUUUAGUGUCCUCACAAGGAAGAAUUGAAUCUUUGAGUUUAUCUUCAUCUACAUACUGGGUUCUGAAAUGUGGUAGAAGAACCGUUGGCCAAAACAAGAGUGUGCUGCCCUUCCCCCAUGGCAGCCAAACCGCCAUGCUUGGGAAGUGAGAGGACCGUGGUAGAGCACAAGUCCAAUAAGGCCUGCAGCACCCUUCAGUCAUGCCCAAAGUCUUCAGACUCCAUCCUUGUGUGGCCUUGGGCAUUUCAUCCGAAUGGAGUCUCAGUUAUUGCAGCUUGGUCCCCGAAACAUCUUCACAUCUUCACCACUGUUCUUUCAUCGUGCAUUACAACUGCCUGUAUUGUGCUUGUAAGCCUGUGAGCAAAAUCACCCUGACCGUUAUUUACAGUUGCUUGCUAGAAUAUGACAGAAAUCCAUCCUGACGCUUAUUCAUUCCUUCUUUCAUAAAGACUGCAAGAAAACAUUGAUUCUGACUAUUCAGAUGUAGCGUACAACCAGGGGAAGGGAAUUCAUUGUUUCUAACACAAACUAUCAAUGAAAUGUAAAGGCUUUGAAACAGGCUCUCUGGCAAUGGUAUUUUGCGGAGGAUAGACUGAGGUUGGCCAACAUGCCAUUGGCGUGGUUUGGUUUGCUGUAGCCCUCAGCUUGCCUCACAUAUUGCUGGCUUACAGACCUGGUGGGCAUCACAUGGCCUAGUGGUGGAAAGAGUUUGUGCCCAGAGGAUACGCACAUGCCACAUCGCCCUGCUUUAGUGCACAGAACUUGGGCUGCACUUUGACCUCGUUCUGAUCUCGGAUGAGCUUCCAUCUGCUGCUCUCACAGAUAACUGAGCUAGUCGGUGUUGUGUUUGGAAACUGAGUUCAUGUCAUUCAAGUGAGUGACUUAAGUUGAAGGCAGGUAUUUUUAGCCUGUGUCCGUAGGAUCAUUCCUUUUUUGAAAAAUAAAGGGAGAGCACAGUUCACCCUCCUUGUGUAUGUUUACUUUAUUCAGAUGAAAAGCAGAGAGAGUAACAGAUGCAGGACUCCUCCUUGGCUUGAGAGUCAGCUGGCCUAUGGACUGUGGCACAUUUUGCCAGUCAACCAUAAUGUCAUUCGAAACUCCUCCACUUCCUUCUCCCCUCAGUGUCACAGAUCUGGGAUGGGCGCUUGGAAAGUGUUAUGGGAACUAAUGUAAAUGUGUAGAGCGCAACCAGUUUUGCUACAAUUCUGAUGACAGAAUAUAGAUUUGAUAUACCUCCAUUGCUCCUGUUAUGUGAUUCAUUUUGUAGAAUAGGCUAUGAACAAUUUUGUCAAACAAUUAAUUUUACUUUUCUUUACAUUUCAUUAACUAACUGUACUGUGAUAUGCAUAACAGUAUUACUGUCAUUGUUUUCUCGAACUCCAACAUGUAAACACAUGAAACUAAAUGAGCAAAAUCUUACCACCAGUCCAGUGCAAUCCAGUAUAUUUUGAUGUUUGAUACUUGUCUGGCAUUUGGCAAGGUUUUGGUAGGGCCAUCGGAUGCUAUUCCAUUUUCAACAGAAGUUUUAGACCGUUAUGAAUUUCGGAGUCAUUUGCCUGGUUUCAAGAAUCAUGUAAAUUAUCACAAAUAUAAUACUGCCUUUAACAAUUUAACAACACAGCUAAGAAUUUGCCUCUCUGUUUAAUUGGGCCUCACUUGCAGAUUUGGAUUGUAAUGUUAUGUGAAAGAUAUCAAUAAAUGUAUGAAAGAAAGGGCGGAAUGAAAUAUAGUCUGUCAUGCACGGAUGUGUGCCAUUUUUUUACACACUUUGUCUUUCACUCCUCCAUUUAAUAGUUUUAUUUUGAAAAAAUGCUGAAAUAUCUUGAAAGGAGGUAAAAAGUCAAAAAGAAAAUUAGAACAGAGCAGCCAAAAGAAGGAACAGAUUUAAUGCAUGUAUUUUUAUUUAGAAAAUGUAUUUAUAUACCAGUAUUCUGUAUUAUAUUCGGAGAGAAAGUACGCAGUUAGUAUAUUUUUAGCCCCUCUUGUUGCUAGGCGACAACCUCCUGGAGUCAUUGUCUUUCUGUCGUUACGUUGUCUCUUGUCGUCGUUUGUUGGAGGGGGGGAAUUUUGGUUGUAAUCUCCUUAUAAGGCCAUUCCCUGUCACUCUCCCUCACUCGCUGCAGUCCAGCUUAAUGAAUCGAAGAGCCGUCCUUGUGAAAAGAGAAUCCCCUAAUUGGAUUUCGGGGCUGUUUUUGGUCUCGGGGGUUAAUUGUUACUGUAUCUUGCACUGUAAGCAGUAUGGGAAAGUGGUCAGGGUUCCGUGCCCAUAUCAGCAGGCAGUGACGUACGUACAACUCUGCUGUGAACAUCCUGACCCAGAAGCUACAGUAUGCUUUGGCUUUCAUCGUAAAUGUCCUUUUAUCAGUAGAAUUUGGCCAUGCUAGUGUGUGUGUGACUGCAUACAUAUUCAUACCCUUACAUGAAAGUGCGAAACUGCAUGAGCGUGUCCUUACUGAUACAUUCCCUAUCUGUAUUGUCUGCUGGUAGCCUUCCCCAGCCCCCUAAUCCAAUCAGUGAGAGUAGUUUGUCUGGGGGUCACUGACUUCUUGUCUGAUAGCAGGUGGAACACGAGGCUGCAGAAACACACAGUACUCUUAUCACUAGCGCUUAACACUUAACACUAACAGCCCUCCUCUGCCCCCCCCCCCCCACACACAUACACGACGCACGCACCUACGCUUACACACGCUCACUCGGAUGUACGCACACACCUGACUAACCUGCUGCCUCCCCUAAUCUUUCCCGCUCUCUCCCUCUCAGUUUUGAUGGCAGUAAUGAUACUGCUCCUUAACAGGAAGAGCAGAUGUGUGUAGGAACGUGGGAUAAGGUCACUCUGGUCCAUUUCAAGAAUAUCUGUUUUUCUUUUAUAGAAUCUGCUGUGAUCCCUGCGUAGAUACCUAUACCAAAGAUAUGGGAUACACACAUGAGGUUCUAUAAUAAAAAAGUAUUGCGUUCUUUAUUUAAACUAAAAGUUGUAUUGUCAGAUCUAAGAAUAUAUGGCUGGAAGUCUACAGGUGCUAGGGUGGACUGCACUGGACUGAAAUUCCUUUUGCUCAGUGUAUUGUAUAGAAUUUCAUAAGAGUGCCGAAGUAUCUGACCAAUAAGCCACAGAAUAAACUGAAUCACUCUGCAAAAUAAGAUUCUCUAUGUAAUCAAUGCUAUUUUCUUUCCUUGGUAUUAAAUCUCAUCCUUUGUUUUCACAUUUUUUAUUAUCUUCUUUCUAAUUUUCUAAUGUUUUUCCUUUGUCAAUUGAAAGAACACUAUGAUGAAUGCAAUUUUGCAGACGUUUAAAGAACAAGGAAAAAAAUAGUUACGUUUGUAUUGGUAUAAAAAAAGGUCUCAUGUUCAAAAAGAAAUGUUGCAAAUGAUGUUUAGGUUCAUUAUUUGCUUGUUCUAUGCAUGCCUAUGUCAUUGCAGUGUAGAUUGCUUGUCUGUCGCUGAUGUGCUAUGCUGAAAUUCCCUGUAAAUUUCCUAUUUGUACUUGGACUCCAUUGUCUUUUGCGGUGUUGUGUGCACUGUAGAUAGCGAUGUUAAAAAUGUCUCUGUAUGCUUUAAAAAAAAAAAUGUGCGUGCACUGUCUGUCUCAUUAUCGCAUUCUAUUAACUUGAAAACUAUCAGCUUGUAUUUGUUGGAUUAUUAUUGUUUUCAUCAAUCCCUGUAGUUCUGUUUUUUUUAAAAAAGGAAUCACAAAGUGCUUUCAAUCUGGAUGUUAUAUUAUUUUAUUAAAUUCAUUUUUAUUAUUUGUUUUAGGAGCAAAUCCAUUUUUAAGUAUUUAAUUUGGGGAGUGCAAUUAGAACAUGAAAAAGUUUAUCCACCCAAAAAAGUGGAUGUUUUCCGUACCCUUAGAUCAGUGUGUCAGCGUCAGCAGUGUACGUGUGUGCAUUUUGUGUGUGUGUGUGUGUGAUUGUGUGUAUGCGUGCAAAUGUGGUUUAUGUCUCUCUCCAACUCAUUCAAAUUCUGCUAUGUGAUGUAGAAAUGUUGUAUAAAAUAUUUUUAAAAUUUGAAAAAAAAAAGGAAACAACUUUUGUUUAUUAAGAACAAGUAUUUGUCUUUAUUUAUAACUGCAUUAAAGCCUUAAAAGGUACUUUA